GCGAUGCGCUCCGCUUGACCUCCUUGCCUCCUGCCUUUGCUCCUCAUCCGUUCCGCAUCGCCGCAGCACAGCGCCGCGCGCAUCCGCCUGCGCCCGCUGCUGCGUCGUCUCUCGCUGCUGCCACUGCGCUGGCACCCUUCGCCUCUCUCUCGCACCCGCAUCGCACUGCCCGCACCGUCUGCUGCUCCGUCUCGCCCCCACGCCCUGCUCGGCGCUCCGCACUGCGCGCCGCCACGCCUCCUCUGCGCUCUGACCGCCUGCGCUGCGCAUGCGCCAGCCUCGCCGGUAGCGGCCCUCGACCAUGUCCACCUCCUCGCCAAGGCCGCGGCGGCGCCUCGACUCUGAUGAUCGCGGCCGUGUAGCUUCGGGCUCGGCGCACGCGCACGGCACCUCCUCUAGCGCCGCGCCGCACGGCGAGCUGGCGUCGGUGACGUCGCACGCCUCGUCGUCGCGCCUCGCCGCGAAUGGCCCAUCACGCGGCUACGUGCCGCUGGCGCUCGCCGACGCCCUGGCGCGCGCCGGCGGCGACACGACGCGCGCGCUCGACGAGGUGCUGGCCGAGCGCAACAAGUUCUGCCUCGAGGCCGGCAAGCUGAGCGGCGAGAAUGUGCGCAUCUGGAACCUCAUGGGCCGCAUCCGCAAGGAGAACGAGGCGCUCAAGACGCCGAGCCGCCGCGACGCCAGCAGCGCGUCGGCCAUGGCCGCGCCCGAGCUCACGCACAGCGUCAGCCAGGCCAGCAGCCUGGGCGACGGCGCCGGCAGCACCACGCGCGCCGCGAGCUUCGACGUCGCCAGCACGCGCUCGUCGCCCGCGGGCGCACAGCAACCGCCCGCCAGUGCCGGCGCCGGCAGCAGCAGCAGCGGCUUUGCGCAGGCGCGCCGCAGCGUCGUGCGCGCGCGCCCGUCGACGGGCGACCGCGCCGUGCAGCCGAGCUCGAGCUCCUCGUCGCUCUCGCACGACGUCUCGGCCGUCUCGUCGCCGCUGCGCUCGUCGGGCGACGACCGCCGCGAGGCCGUCGUGGCGCCGGCACGCAGCGGCGCCGAUGCGCAGUCGAGCAUCAUGGCGCAGCGCGCCGCCGCGCAGCGCCGGCAGCCGCUCGACGAGCCGCGCGCGGCCGAGGAGGCCGACGACUUUGAUGCCGUCGACGAGUCCGUCGCCGGCGACACGGACGGCACCUCGGACGCGGGCGCCGGGCUGGGCCUGGAGCCCGCCGUGGAUCUGGCAGAGCGCAGCGCCGACGAGCCGCAGGUGAGCACGCCGCGGGGCGGCGCACCGCCCGAGUACCGCGACGAGCCGCUGCUGGCGACGCCCGGGCAGCGCAAGGGCAGCAUCUCGGCCAUCGCGGCGCGUGCGCGCCAGGGCUCGCUGAGCUCGUCGCGCGGCUCGAUCUCGUCGCUCUCGGCCGUGCCGACGCCUGUGCUCGACUCGCGGCAGCUCAGCAGCGCCGCCGUGCACGUCGUCGGCUCGAUGCUGCGCUCCAACGAGCGCGGGCGCGAGGUCAUCUCGUUCUUCAUCUCGGUCGCGCUGGCGCCGCGCGCUGCCGGUGCGCCCGGCGCAACGUGGCGCGUCGAGAAGCUCUACUCCGACGUGCUGGCGCUCGAUGCGCGCCUGAAGCAGAAGCACGGCAAGGCGGCGAGCAAGCGCAUGGCAGGCGCGACGCUGCCGGACAAGAUGCUCUUCCGCGACCACGCGCCGAGCAAGGUCGACCAGCGCAAGGCGGUUCUCGAGUCGUACCUGCAGAAUCUGCUGGCCGUCGAGCUGCCGGACAAGGACGACAUCUGCACGUUUCUCUGCACCGACGUCGUGCCGAGCAAGCCCAAAGACGCGGCGGCGACGACGCGCGAGGGUUUCCUGACGAAGAAGGGGCAGAACAUGGGCCGCUGGGUGACGCGCCUGUACGUGCUGAUGGGCGCGCAGCUCGACUACUACGAGACGCGCGGCGGGCCGCACCUUGGCUCGAUCAACAUCGCUGGUGCGCAGAUUGGGCGGCAGCAGCGCAGCGCGACGUCGGAGAUGGACGAGAAUUCGUACCGGCACGCGUUUCUCAUCCUCGAGAAGCGCCCGCCGACGGUGCCCGGCGAGCAGACGCAGAUGGUGCGCCACGUGCUGUGCGCCGAGAGCGACGCCGAGCGCGACGAGUGGGUCGAGGUGCUCGUGCGCGCCAUUGCCGAGCUCGACCGGCAGGGCCGCAGUGCCGAGCGCGCGGCGCGCAGCGCCUCAUCGACGCCGAGUGUGGCAGCGUCGGCGAAGCAGCCACCGCGGCAGGACGCGCCGCUGCCGCCGCCGCAGCGGCCAGACCAGCGCGCAGUGCCUGCGCCCAUGAGCCCGCCGAGCCACGGCACCAUCGCCAGCCGGCGCCUGGCGCAGGAGGCCGCCGGCGCCGGCGACGCGCUGCGCUCGCCCGAGGCCUCGCGCAAGCCGCCGGCCAGCCCCAAGGCGCCCGUGACGCCGCUGGCGUUCAACCCGCGCGCGGCGCUGCCGUCGCGCUCGGCAUCGCAGGACGCCGGCCUCGAGACGCCGGCGCGCCUCAGCACGCCGCCGCCGCAGCCGACCGAGCGGCACAGCGAGAGCGCCUUCCGCGCCCCUGCCACUGCGCGGCCAGCCAUCUCAGGGCCGAUGAACGGCACGCCGAUUCCCAGCGGGUACAAGUUCGGUAGCCGCGACGAGCCGCUCGGCAGCGUCGCGGCGCCCGACGCCAGCAGCAAGAAGGACGACAAGAAGCGCGGCUUCUGGCAUCGCUUUGGCGGCGGCGCUGCUGCGGACAAGACAGCCGGCGCCGUCGCGCGGCCGGUGUUCGGCGUGCCGCUGGCCGAGUCGAUCGCGAUCUCGCACAUUGCCGAGGGUCUCGAGCUGCCGUCGGUUGUGUACCGCUGCAUCGAGUACCUCGAGAAGAGCAACGCGGCGAACGAGGAGGGCAUCUACCGCCUCUCGGGCUCGUCGGCCGUCGUCAAGGCGCUCAAGGAGCGCUUCAAUGCCGAGGGCGACGUCGACCUGCUGGCGACCGGCGAGCAGUUCUACGACCCGCACGCCGUCGCCGGCCUGCUCAAGACGUUUCUGCGCGAGCUGCCGGCGAGCGUGCUGACGCGCGAGCUGCACCUGGAGUUCAUGCGUGUCAAUGACAUCGUCGACCGGCGGGAGCGGGUCAAUGAGCUCGGCGCGCUCGUGUCGAUUCUGCCGCUCGCCAACUACUCGCUGCUGCGGACGCUGUGCAGCCACCUGAUCAAGAUCAUCGAGCACGCCGACGUCAACAAGAUGACGAUGCGGAACGUCGGCAUUGUCUUUAGCCCGACGCUCGGCAUCCCUGCAGGCGUCUUUGCGCUCUUCCUUACCGAGUUCGACUGGGUCUUCUGGACGUCUGCCGAGGGCGAGCCGGCACCGCGGCAGAUGGAAGAGGACAUCCAGGCACCCGACUCUACGGAGCUGGGCUCGGCGCAGUUUGCCGCGCCGCCAGCCGUCGAGUCGCCGGCGCAGCGGCGGCGCAACAACCGCGCCUCGUGGAUCGCCGGCGGGCAGGUGCACACGGGCGACGGCGACGUGCUGCCGGUGUCGCCGGCGCCCAUGCCGCACGCGGCGCGCAGCAACCGCAACUCGCUGCAGUACGACGCCAGCGAGGCGGACCGGCUGCUCGGGCCGCAGACGCGCGGGCGCCUCGAGGCGCUCGACGAUGCCGCCGACGACGACGCGCUCGACUUUGCGGCCGAGGACGACGCCGAGUCGACGAGCGCGCACGCCGCCGACUUCACCGAGGCGCCGCUGGCGCCGGCGUACGUGCCGCAGCCGCACUCUGCGGGCGCCGUGCCGCCGAGCCCGGCCGGCAGCCUGCGCGCAAUGCGCUCGCCGCAGCGCAGCGCCCACGGCGGCAUUGUGCCGUCGCCGUCGCUGGCCGGCUUUCCGCGCUCGCCGGCGUGAUGACGACUGCGCGUGCGCGCGCGACGCCGUGCUCCUGAUGACGAGAUGCGAUUGAUGACAGGCUCCGCGCCGCUCGGCGUGAUACCCCUGGAGCAAUGGCGAUGCAAUUCAGCAGAUCUGGGU